CCUUCUCAACUCUCCGGCUUUUACUCUUCACGAGGAAAGUUUUGCAAGAACGAGUUCCUCUUCUCUCGAACGGAGAAAGUGCUUUGAAAUCCCAACUUCUGAUUGUCCUAUUAGUUGUCCUUCCGUCAAGAUGAACUCCAUCCGAGUCUGCUUAUCCAAGGCCAGGGUCUUCUCCAACCAUGCGCUCAUCAGAUAUUCGACCACGCCCAAGGUGGCGACAGAUAGUGCUGCGAAGGAGGCUGCACCUUCUUCUCCGUCCACACCCGUGGUCGACACGAUCCCCAAACCGAUAAAGAAGCGACCAUCCCCUCUGGAACCCCUGCAGGAAGCUCCCAUGCAAAUGUCAACCCCGAUUGGACAAGAGAAAAGCUACGACCCAAGGAUAUCCAAGCUGGUGGAUGACAUUUCUCGCCUCACGCUCUUGGAGGUGGCUGAUCUUAACGAGCUGCUCAAAAAAAGACUCAACAUCCCCGACACUCCGAUGAUGGGACCCAUGAGCUUUGCUGCCGCAGGACCAGCUGCACCGGCAGAGGAAGAAGUCGUCGCUCCGCAAAAAGUACAGACCAGUUUCACCCUCAAGUUGGUAAAGUUUGACGAAGGGAAAAAGGUGGCCUUAAUUAAGGAAUGUAAAAGUCAACUGGAGGGAAUGAAUCUCGUCCAGGCCAAAAAGUUUGUGGAGUCGUCCCCUUGCGUUAUCAAAGCCGACAUUGGUAAAGACGAGGCUGAGAAAUUAAAAGCUGCAUUGGAAGCAGCAGGUGCUACUUGUGAAAUAUCUUAACCAUCUGCCAAACCACAACAAUAACGAUACUUUUAUACUAAAUUAACGACUGAACCUGUUCAACAAUUUAUUUAUAGAACUGUAGUUGAUGAAGAAGAUAUAGAACUUGUAAUAAAAUAUUACCCAAUCGUUAUGA